AUGGACAAAUACUUCAGCGCAGAGAUAGCCGAAUUGAACGAUCAACCGGUUGGACAAGAACGAUCAGCCCUCACACAAGUGCAGUCCGAUUUGAACACUUUGAGAAACAAGAACUCGGAUCUCAUGGAGCAUUUAAAGCAAGCCCAAUCGAGAAUCAUCGCUGCUAUACAUAUGAUAGAUCCUACUCAAGCUGUCAGUCCAUUCGAUUCAAGUAAUUUUUGCCGUAACGUCAAAGUAGUGUUCCCUUUUCAAAGCCGGACCAAGUUUCAAAAACGAACUCCAGACGCAGUGACUAUUGACGAAUCUUUUCAAUUGCCGGAUUUAAACAGUUUCAAAUCGAAAAACGGCUAUAAUAUAUAAUUUAUGUAUCUUUCUCCACAAUUUAAUCAUAAAAAAUGUAAAAUCUUUUACCAGUGUAAUUUUUUAAAAUUGUUUAACUUUAGCUUGA